CGUAACUUGUCAAAGUCAGUCGGCCGUGGCUCUGAAAUAACAACAAAAAUUUUUCUCCUGCUAUUUUGGUGUAAUAUUACAUCAAAAUGGACGAUAAUUAUGAGACUGUAAAAUUGUGCUAUACAGUCCACCGAUACUCCAGCUACAGUAGUAAUUAUAUUCCAGAGAAUAUAAUGGUAAAUAACCCCACUGACCAGCUGUCGAGAUGGUUCACUGAUAGCAACUCGCCAUCCCAGUACAUAAUGCUGAAAUUAAAGAGUCCAUCGAUUGUGGAGUCAAUAAAAUUCGGCAAAUACAUAAAAGCCCAUGUGAGUGAUCUGAAGAAAUUUCAAAUUUUUGGUGGAGCAGAAGAAAACAAUUUAUCUUUAUUGUUAACAGCUGGCCUCAAGAAGGAUAGCACGUCAGAGGUAUUUCGAUUGCGGUGCAGAACAGCAGAGGGUCUGUACCUCCCCAUACAAUACUUAAAGAUAGUUCCGCUACAGUCGUGGGGCCCUGCUUACAACUACACCAUUUGGUACGUCGAACUGAAUGGCAAGAACCAAGAGCAAAUAAUAAGUAACGCAAUGGAAACGAUUAAUUUGAGAAAGGAAGAAGAGGCCGUACGUUUGUUGCUGAAACAUUUACGGCGGCGACGGUAUAAGGACGCUUUCGAAGCACUAUCGCGUGAAAGUGGAGUUCAGCUCGAAGGGCCCUUGCAGUCCAAGCUAUGGAACGCUCUCGUGGAGAAGGGAGAUUUCAAGUUGGCAGAGCAAAUUUUCGAUGAGGCGGUCGCAGAGGGUGAAUUGGACUGGUACCUCAGCUGGCAGCCGUACAGCCCGCAGUGGCGGCAGAUGUCGGCGUGCUCCACGCAGGUGGAGGACCGGCUGUGGAGCGGGGAGGCACCGCCCGCGCCCCCCGCGCGCCAGCACGACCUGCUCUGUGCCGACCGGGACCCCAGGCCUGAUACCGCGGAAGCGCCAGUUAACGGCGCGGAUCAUAGCGAGCCGUGCGAGAGCGCAAGCGCAGGAGGCUUGAUGUACAACAAGCCCGGGCCGCGCGGCGGACAUCAGCUCGUCGUGGACGCUACUACUGGAACCCUAUAUCUCUUCGGAGGGUGGAACGGAUCAGAGGAUUUGGAUGACCUCUGGUCAUUCUGCACGACCAGCGAGCGCUGGACUCUGCUGUGUAAGCACAGCGGGGAGGUUGGAGGCCCAUCUCCACGGUCAUGCCAUAAAAUGGUCUUCGAUCCCGUCAACCGACGUCUCUUCACACUGGGCAGAUACCUGGAUAAUGCUCAGCGUAUCCCUACGAACAUGAAUAGCGACCUGUACGUAUACGACAUCGCUAGUGGCGCGUGGAGCCUGGUCUGCGCGGACACGAGCGCGGCGGGCGGGCCGCGCCUGGUCUUCGACCACCAGAUGUGCAUCGACGCCGACACGCAGACCAUCUAUGUGUUCGGGGGCAGGGUGCUGCCCGCCAACACUGAGGAGGUGGUGAGCCCGCAGUACUCCGGUCUGUUCGCGUACUACAUCGCGACCAACACGUGGCAGCUCGUGCUCAGCGACCGACACGACCUCAACGCGCCGCAGGCUCGCGUCUCGCACUCCAUGCUCUUCCACCCCGUCCAGCGGCGCCUGUACAUGUUCGCGGGGCAGCGCAACAAGGAGCACCUGGUGGACCUGUGGUGGUGGGACGUGGCCACCGGGCGCUGCGGGGCGCUCUGCCGGGCCACCGCCGCCCCCCCACCCCCACAGGCCGGGUUCACGCAGCGGGCCACGCUCGACCCCGACACCGAUGAACUCUUCGUUCUCUCUGGUAUGAGCAAAGAGAAGGACAAGCGCGUGUACAACAGUCUGUGGGUGUUCUCGCUGCGGCGCCUGACGUGGUCCUGCGUGUACCGGAACGACAGCGUCGCGCCCAACGAGCCACGGCCACGGUUCGCGCACCAACUCGUCUAUGAUCCUGUUAAGAAGAUUCAUUACUUGUUCGGCGGCAACCCGGGCAACCAGGGCAGUCCCCGCGUGCGGCUGGACGACCUGUGGGCGCUGCGCCUGCGCAGGCCUACACUACAGGGCCUGGUGCAGGCGGCGCGCGCCUCGCUGCGGGAGGCCCGCUACCGCGGCCUGGCCGCGCGGGCCAACAACGGCGACACCGACGCCGCCGUCGCCGCGCUGCACUACCUGCGGAACGAUCUACACGACGCGCUCGACCAUACUAAUAAGGAACAGGUGGCCCGGUUCCAGAGGCUGGCGACGGUCCUGUUCGCGGGCGCGGGCGGCGUGGAGGCGGCCCCGGCGCCGCUGUCCCCGCGCCGCACGCGCUCGCUCGCCCGCCGCCGCCGGAACAUGCCCGCCGCCACCGACAUCGCGCUGUCUCUCGCACAGGUUUUAGGCGCGGAUGAACCGUACCCAGAACCCACGCAGCCCUUCGAGGAAAUAAAGGAACCAGCACCAGACACGUGGGACGUUGGUCCAGACGACGAGCUGCCCCCGGACCAGGAAGAGACUGACGAGUGGAAUGCGCGGGCGCAGCGCAUGAAGCUCUACGAUUGGCUGUGUAGGUUCUUCAGACCUUCCGCCGUGCCGCCUAAGGGUGAUAUCGCAGAUAUGGUCAUACUGUAAGAAGGUCCUAAUCACGUUGUCGAGAUACUCUUGUGUGUGAUGAUACUGACGGGCAGGUAACAAUUACUUGGCAACUCUAACUACUGUAAGCUGUUUCGGUCUCUACUUUUGUAGCCUACGAAACUCAUGCAAUAUACUGCAUUUAAUUUUAAGUCCUACCUCGACCCCUUAGUGUCGACUUUACAAUAAAAAUAUAAUUAUAAUAAGUUUGUCUUUAGUUACCUGCCUUCUUAUCGAGCUUCUAAGAUAACAGUCGUAUCGUUAUAAAGCAGUUAAUUCAGGCAUUUGUCAAGUGGAAGAACUUCUUACUUUCUUUAUCAGUUACUAUCAUAUUGGUUAACAAUAUGUAGAAUAAACAACUCUCUGUAUUUCCUAAAUAUGCGUAAAUGGUACCCUAUGACUAUAUCAACAAUGUUUAUACGUACGUAUGACGUAUAAAUAAUAAAUAUUUUAGUCAUUUUUAUCACAAUUUCUUAUGAUUCUAGACUUGUUAUUUUAAUGCCGUAUUUAAUCGUAUUUAAUCACAAAACGUAGUUUGUAAUGUAAUAUCAUAUCCGACUUAGAUUUUAUAUUUGUAUUCUUGUGGCCGCGAGAUUUAUGUGUUAAGUUAAAUAAUGUUUAAUAAAAUUGGCUUACCUAUACGGUAGUGCUACUAAAUGGAGAUAUUCCGCUAUAAUAAACUUGAGUAAUGUUCUCGUUUGACUAAAAUAAGUCUAUAAAAAGUAACUGUUUGAGCAACUAAUAAAUAAUAUUUUAUGCCAUGGUCGACUGCAUAAAUUAUCUUAAAUAAUGACUGACAAAGUCUUCACAAGUUUUGGUGCUCGUUGUAUGAAGCAUCUUGAUGAAAUUAUGAUUUAUUUCAUUUGUAAAAGCUAAUUGAUAUUAUUUCUUAAGUAUAAGCAUUGUAGCGUUGUCAAAAGACAGCUAGAAAAUAUAUUUUAACAAAUUAUUUGUAAUCUCGUUCUUACCCUCGUGGCCGCCAUAAUAACGAGUAAUUCAAUAAAUAAUGUAUUAAUUAUUAUAAAUUAUCGUAAAAUAAUAAUUAUGUAAUCCAUAAUGCUACGUAUUUCACUAUUGACAAUAUUUUUAUAUACAAAAAAUGCAAUUGUUUUUAGUUUUCAUUUUAUACAAAUAUUGUAUGAGCAUUUUUUUAGUUAUAAAAUUAGUAAUUAAUAAUUUGUUGCAAGAUUGACAUCAUGAAUUUGUUGGACAUUCUGUUGCUACUUGCAUUGUAAGACUUAAAAAAGCGCUCAAAAUCACCAAAAGUGUUCACUUGAUAUAAUAAACAUACAAUAAAUAAAUACAUUCCCUGAAGAUAUAAUACUCGCCAGUUACAUCUAAUAAAGCUUUCUUUCUUUUUUCUUCUGCCUUUCAAAUCCAUUCGAAAUACGAAUUGAUGUUCAAGUUCUAUAUUCCCGCUCAACUUUAAAUUCAGAAUGCAGCAAAUUCAUUUUGCCAAUGUUGCAAGACUUGCAAGUAAUUUGUACAUACAAGAAUGCCUACUCGAAGCUAAGGAUGAGUGUGAGCAAUUAAGUGCAAAUAAGAGGCUUUGUUACCUUCGUAACAUUGUAAAUAACUUUAAUAUACAAAGAAUGUAUCUAAUAAGCGUGUACGUGUGUUCCCUUGAAGUCUAGUCAGCAUUGAAUACUAAGUUAUACGCGAUACAUUCUCGACAUUUAUUUAAGUAAGAUACAAAAGACAUAAUGCAUUUCAUUGUUGAGUAUCAUUAACUAACAGUUUGGGUGACAUUUUUAUCGUACUAAUCUUUUUUGGCAGCUAAAGUUUGACGCAAAACAAUGCAAGUUAUAUAGUCAGCUUUUUAUUAGAAUUAGAAUAAUGGGACGCGUAAGUUUAGUCUGUGAUAAAAUGGCUAUAUCUGUAAGUAUAGUUAAUGGAGUAAGGAGCCCGAGCGCGGGCCUUCGAGCUAGGGAUUGUUGCCAAAUUUUAGUAAUACCACAGGGGAUAAUGUCUUCUGUAUAUUUUUAUUUUACGUUCUAUUUACCUAACAGUUACAAGAAAGUUUUAAUUUUUUUUUAAAUAAGAAACAUUUGACUGUGUGCAGCAUUUGGUUUCUUUGAUAAGUUUUAUAGCUACGUAGUGUUAAAUUGAUUAAUAUUUAUGUGUAAUCGUAUGUUUAAGAAUGGAGCAGUGAAGUCACUUUCUUUGUAGUAUUUACACUAUCGACCUGUUUCAUGUGUCUCAUAGCGUACAUUAUGAUAUCUCAAAGCAUUUAGUUGGACAUGUGCAGUUAUAGAAAAAGCAUUUAAGUUUUUAAUGAGUCUCAAAAAUGUAAUGCUUUCUGCACUUACAACUAAGAUGUAAUGCGUAAAUUGAUAUUAUCUGUAGAGAAGCUCAAUGUGAGGUUAGAUUUUGUUUUAGUUUGAAAUACUCCGGAUGUACAAGCAGGUAGUGAGCAUGUAAUGUGCGCACACAUUUAUGUUGCUAGCUGUACAUAUAUGACCCUAAUACUCGACUGUAUCUGUAUAUAUUAGUGAUGUAUACGUAAUUAAGUGAAAUUACGUGCGUACAAGAGACGUCGUGUAAAUAUGCAUUUUAUUCGUGUAAGAGUAAAUUAUUUGUUUUCAAUUUGUAACUUGAUGCAUUCUCAGUCUGUAUGUACAUAAAUUAUGCGAAUUAAAUACUUUCGUUUUAUUCAUA